UCUGAUUACAAUACUUGAAAAUUUCCUGCUGAUUAUAAUAGUAACCACACGCUAUUUAUAUUUAUCAAAAAUGUGUCGAUGCAUGGAUGGAUAUCAAAGAGAAACUCCAUGGGCUGCAGAGGCAGGUUGUAUUUGCCAGACUUAUCUACCGAUCAGACUUCUUCUGUGACGGCAAAUGACGUAACAAGCAACAAUUCACCACAGAUGCUCAAUGGCAAAACCGAACUGGUGGUUGGCCUGGCAAUCGCCAUAGGAUUGCUUGUCAUAUCGUGGGUGGUGCUCGGAAUCGUCAUUUCACGAAACCGGUCAAAGGCCACCUCACGCAACCCGGAUGUCAAAGUAACUGAGGCGGAAGAAUCAAACACCCGGGAAAUCGUGGUCAAUGCCAUAUAUGGAGAAAAUUUCGACAGAAUGGGAGACGAUUCGCAGCAGACUAGCUCGAGUGUUGUGUAUAGCAUGGUUCAUAAAUAACUAGCUAACAACUUCCUUACCAGGCAUAUGAUCCAGCCGUUGGCUUUUCCCUUGUCAUGAAUAAUUUUGUAAUAAUGAACGCCAAAACGUUGCUACUCUAUGUUUAUUCGAGUAACACGCAUACCCAUACUGCCCCCGUUUUUAUAUAUCUCGCCUACUAAGAAUAAUCCCCAACCAGUCUUGGACGAUGUACUGGAUGAACUGAUAAAGCAAAGCGGCUUGAU